UAUCGCGUAACCAUUGCCACUCGCUAUAGAAUUUGGCCGAUGGCGGCUGUCAACUGGUGGGUCUCUGCUUUUCGCACAGGGGUUCCUAGUCAAAUAUCAGAAUACUCUGCGAUCCUUUCCCUCGGAAACUUUAUUGGAUUUGUAAUAUUUAUUGGAGUAACUCUUAUUUGCACGUUAUCGAGUAAAGAAAUAAUGGGUGAACAACCAAUUUUCUCGUGCAAGGCGCACGUAUUUCAUAUCGAUCCUAAAACUAAACGUUCAUGGGUAUCUGCCUCAACAGCUGCAGUUUCUGUGUCUUUUUUUUAUGAUUCAACUAGAAGUCUCUAUAGAAUAAUAUCCGUUGAAGGAUCAAAGGCAGUAAUAAACAGCACUAUUACACCAAACAUGACAUUUACAAAAACAUCGCAAAAAUUUGGUCAAUGGUCGGAUGUCAGGGCUAAUACUGUAUAUGGUUUAGGAUUUUCCUCUGAAGCAGAGUUAGGCAAGUUUAUUGAAAAAUUUCACGAAGUGAAAGAAGCAACUAAGUUAGCUAGUGCUAAGCUACAGUCAAACAGCUCAUCGGUUACGCCAGCUACUAGUGCAAAUGUUAGUCCAAUCACGUCAAGAUCAGGAAUGCCUUCUUCGGAGCAGGAUCUUAUAGAUCCACCAAAUUCUUCGAUGAUCAACUCUAACGUGUCGGCAUCGAAUAAUCCUAAUCCAAAUGCAAACAUGAUCUCUGCUCAAAACAGUGUAUCUUCGGUAAGCAGCAGUCCCUUACCUGGCAGUUGUCAAAAUAAAACGGAUGAUGAAUUGAAAAAUGCAGUCCAUUCAAGAUCACAAAGUGUUUCUCAGCAGAGUACAGAAAGCCCGCAGCACCAAGGGAAACCAGCCCAACUUGGUUCGACGCAAGCUGGACAGUCGGCAGAGAUGCAGCUGAAAUAUGAAAAUGACAGGUUGAAGCUUGCUUUAGCUCAAAGUUCUGCUAAUGCCAAAAAAUGGGAGGUUGAAUUGGCUACUCUUAAAACGAACAACGCUAGAUUAACAAGCGCGCUCCAAGAGUCAACAGCUAAUGUGGAUGAGUGGAAGAGACAAUUGCAGUUAUAUAAAGAAGAAAAUGCCAGGGUAAAAGCAAAAUAUGCAGAACUAGAAGCUGGAAAAAUAGCAGAAGGGAAUAGUGAAGCGUUGAGGCUAAGAGUGGAGGCACUGGAAAGUGAAUUAAGAACUCGAAAUGAAGAAAUAAAGGCUCUUACUAUGGCUACAAAAAAUAAAGAUUUUGUGGCCCUUCAAAAGGAAAAUACCGAAUUGCGUGAUAUGUUAAACGUUGUCCAAGAACAAUUAGAACUUGCUUUAUGUGCAAACAAAGUUCAGAAACAAAACUUGGAAACUUUGAAUGCCAGAUUAGCUGGAUUUAUACAAGACUUGGUAACCGUGCAUCGAGAAAUUACGAAUACCUUGCAAACCUAAGUUUGUUUGUAGAAUACCUAAGAGCAUUGUUCUUAGGACUUUUGUAUCUACGGUAUAAGAGAGAUGUGCGAAUGAAUGACAUAAAAAAAUGAUACAAAGGGUGAAGUUCCAAAGGGGAGAACAUGCGGCGAAUAAGAUCUUUUUUUUUUUUUUACAUUAGGACAAGAUGAAAGACAGAUCGUCUCGAAUUAUAGCGGUUUGACAACAAGCUAAUGGCUUGCUUUUUAGAUAUUUAUUUCGAGCUUAGUUAGCAAUAACAUCAUCUUUUUGAUGUUACUUAUCAUUGUUGUUACUGCUCUAUGACUAUUCUAAUUGUACAUAAAAACGUUUCUUCUAACUCUUUACACUAAUCAUAUUUACAUGAUACAUGCAUACUGCGUGUAUAUUUGAAUGUUUUCUCUUUAAUAUGUUUAUAUGCACAUAUGUAUAUGUAUGUAUGUAUAUAUAUAUAUAUAUGUGUGUGUGUGUGUGUAUACGUCUAAAUAUUUGUUUGUUUGAAUCAAGCGUAAACUCGAUACUUGAGUUUGAGAAAGAUAUUAUUAUACUCGAUGUUUCUCAAUAUUAUUUUGUGUAUCUUACAAAAUGGAUACAUCAUUUUGUUAUUUAUUAUUCGAUCGUGUCGUUAAAUUAAACAAAACGUUUCUCUUAUCCCACCCCUUUUUCAUAAAGUGGUGUAUGUAAUGAUCUGUGCUUUAAACUUAUUGUUACUAAUGACACCACCGUGUUAAUCACUCUAAUUCUAUCAUACUAUUACAUUUCGACCACACGUCACACUACUACCAGCAUCCAACUGAUAAAUGAAAACCAUUAUUACGAACACUAGUAUUGUUACUAUUACUAUGAUCACCGUCAUUACCAUUGUUACUACUACCUUCCAAAUACUAAUAUCUCCUAUUGCUGUUACUAAUACUGCUACAAUUACUACUGCUUCUAUUAUUAUUACUAUUAAUAUUGGUAAUAUUGCAUUACUUACUUGGAGAUAAUAUUUACUAUAUUUAAAAAUAUAAAACAUAUCAAGAAUGUUAUCGACUGACAUGUUACAUGUUGUGCAUUGUCUCUUUUUGGAACUUGUGCCCUUUGAAAUAGUAACAAAAUACAGUUACCCAUGGACACGACUUAUGAAACAUGCACAAUUAACAUUAGUACUAUUUAGUCAUGAUCCAUUAUGUAGCAUAGCUAUUUAAUUCUAUUAUAAAUUGUAUCCAUAUUGUUCUCUUGUAUAGAAAUUUGCUUUAAAAAACAUUCGCGAGUGAAUCUGAAAUACUCAGGAAUCAUUGAUUCGAGAUACGCGAUGCCAUUAUAAUCAAACAUAAAAGUACUACUGAUGCAUUAUAUUAUAGUAUUUACUUUUAUUACGCACAACUUUAUUACUUCUUUUUAUUAAUUUUUUUCCUUUCUAUUUUUUUAUAUUGUCACAGAACGCAUUUUAAGUAGCAUUUCUUUUACAGAAGUUUCCUUUUUUAUUUCUUUAAUAUCAUGAUAGAAAUAUGUAGCAUUGCAUUUCAUCAUUCAAGGAGGUAUCGUCCUAAAGAAAAUACUAUAAUUACUAUGUUGCUCAGUCCAGGUUAUUGUUCAAAGCGUAGUAUUCGCAUAGUACAGAUUUAUAAGAUUAAAAAUAAUUCGCACAAGAGAUAUCUGGACAAGAGUUUGAACAUGUCAAAGUGACAUCUCCAAGAUAAUUUGAAGUAGCGAAUUAAAUACAGGAAACUGCAAAAACACUUUGUAUUCUAUUGGCAGUAUGUAUGUAUGUACGUAAAACUGUUACGAAGAUGAAUUUUCAGUCCGAGGAAUUGGAAACAAAAGCCUCGCUUGCCAUAUGUAAUCUUAAUAAAACAUUUUCAGACGGCA